AUGAAGAAAAAAAAAGUCGUCAAGUUGAAGGAGGAAUACGUGCCGAAAGGGAACUACUUUAGCAAAGAUGCCCUGUUGACCAACAUUUUCAUGCAGAGUGCAGAGAACGUCCUGUCGGAAGUCGAGUCGAAGAAUUCCCAGCUGAUUGUUAACUGUAUAAAUAAGUUGCACAAAAAAAAUCUACAAACGAAGUUGAAGGCCAUAAGUGAACUAAUUCAACACCUGAGCAAGUACGAUGAAGACGAAGUGAGCCACCUCUUCGCAUCCUACAUAAGCGUUUACAAAAAGUUGAUAUAUCACCCGAACUAUGGCCUGAGGGAAAAUUUAAACCUGUGUCUGAAGCUGUUCAUAGUGAAAGUUAAGACGAAGAUCAAGGCCCACCUGAGUGUGUUUUUGCCGCCACUCUUUUUGUCUCUCUUCGACUACAGUAAAAAUGUAAAAAACAUCGCGGCGGAUAUUUUGCUCUCCAUUUUCCCCCCCAAGGGGAAGACCCAAGAGUCCAGUCUGGUGGAAGACCCAGUUAAGCACCCUCCAGUGAAGGCAAAAAAAACACAGCCGGGAAAGAUACGCCUACAGGAGGAACUCAAGCUAUACGGAGUGAUCAAAAAUUUGAAGGUCAAUUUGACAAACCUGUAUAACUGUCUGAAGUAUGUUGGUGGUCCCCUCUGUGAGGAAGUCACGAAGAAUUUGAAAAAUAAGAAGAACGACGAGGACUACGAUUAUGGUGUUUACCUCUUCAACGUUGUUUGUUUUUAUCCAUCCCUUUUGUACAUGUUGGUGAGAAUUGCAAAGGGGUGUGACGACGAAGGGGGGAAGGCAACCCCCCCUGUGGAGGACAACAAUGAGACGGCCUCACCGAACCGCAGAGACGUCAACUCAGUGAAGCAGUUCAUCAGGAAGGAAUUUCCAACCUUCGCUAGCACGUUCAACCUCUUCUUCAAUGCGAUCAACUCAAUUUACAAAGAAAGUAAAGACAACGAGCGGGUAAAGAAAAUGCUCUUCCUGGCAGUCUACAACAUUAUAUACUUGCUGAAGAAGUAUAAAUUGAACUACUCCGAUUUUGAAGAAGAAAAAGCCAACGUAUCCAUCUGCAAUUACAUUUCUUCCGUCGUCAGCAAUAAAGAUGAGUACAUCCUCAAACACAUAAACCACCUGCUGUUGUUGUAUUUUUUUUCGGAAAAUAAAAAAAUGAUCAAUGAGAAUUUUUUGAAAAGUUAUUUGUCCCUAAUUAAGCACAACAAAAAUGUGAAGAAUGACAUUUUCAAUUAUAACAUUUCUUUGUUCAUUUUUAUUUUUGAGAAGGAGGAUAUUCGAGAUUUUUUUUUUUUUUUUUUUUUUUUAUUUCUCUUUUUGCUGUUGCACGGGAUGUCAUCUUCGCUAGUUGUGUACUACGAUUUGUUGCAGCAUUUGUUUGGUUACUUCGACGGGGGGGAAGCAACCCAUGGGAUGGGUCUCAUCCAGGGGGAAGAUGCAGGUGUUCAGUACUCCCUUUCCGAAUCGGAUUGCUAUACCUUGCUCAGUGAAAGCAUCUUGCACCUGCCGUUAGAGACGAUCUUUGCGCAGAAAGUUGGUGUGACAUACAAAUGCUCAUUCAGGAGGGUAAACCAUUUAUGUGAAGCCCUCUCCAACAUGUACUACUGCCACAAGAAGAAGCCAAGUAAGGACGGUAAGGACAAGGACCAGUUUGAAGAAUUGAAGAGGAAAAUAAUUGCAGAGAAGCUGGACGAGACUAACUUCAUCCGUACGUAUAUAAACUUUCUCAAGUCAUCCAAGUGUGCACACACAGUUUUGCUCACUUGUUUGGACAUGUUAAGUCGGUACACAAACGAUUUGGCGAAGCAGUUGGGGGCAGGUCAUACGAUGGAAUGUGAAACAUUUGUUGACCGAUCGGAGGGAUCCCCCCAAUGUGGUGACAACCCCAGCGGGAGGCACAAAUAUCACGAUGCGGUAGACUUCAUUUUGAACCUCCUAACAGAACUGAAAGGAGUGGUGUUCCCACCAGGGGUAGAAGUGGACAACCCAGAAGAUGUAACCAACAGAAGCAAUGCCCCUGUGAGGGUAGCCUUCAUUCGAACGUUGAAGGGCACCUUCAAAAUCGCCUGCCUGCUGGUAGAGGGAAGAAAUUACGAAGCCGCUGGAAUGGUGAAGAAGCAUUGGGGGCUUUUGGAGUUUUUCUUGGCGCAGGGGGAAGUGGAGGAUGAUGAGGUUUCUCUGGAGAGGGUAUUUUACGUCUUUAUGGACUUCCUAACGUGGGGUAAACGUGGGCACAGGGAGAAGGUGAACCUUGCAGAAGAGGCAACGCAUGGGGGAGAUGCCCUGUUCAGCUCCCUGGACGUGAGUUUGAACCUCUUGGCGUUUAUUUGUUCCAAGGGGGGGAAGUCGUGUGAUGCACUGGCCAAGUCCCUGCAGGAGGCACUUUUUGAAGCACCCCCAACUGAGGAAACGGUCGAGAAGCAGCUAGCUAUCUGCGUGAAGCUGAUCAAUUUUAUGAAGAAGGAGCGCACCAAGUUUUUCGACCUCUCGGAGACGGCCCUCGAAUUAUACAGAUACUACCUCCAGCAGGAUGUAAUGGGUGGAGGCGCAUCACUGAAGGCGUUUUACGCCGCUUUGCAGGGGGACGCAGAAGACCAUCCUGACCUCUUUGGAGAGAAGUUCUACCAAGGUUUAUUUCAUGCGUAUAGGGAAAAAAUGAACUUAAGUCGAGCCCUCCCGGAUGAAGAUUUUUCCUGUUUCUUCUCCUCUUAUGCAAUGGGAAGAAGGAAGGAGGCUGUCCCACUGGAAGAUAUUCACCUACAUUUGUUGUUUGCAACUCUCCUGAAUGUGAAAGACGAACAAGUGGAGGGACAUAUGAAGGAGUUGUUCGUCUCGUCAAGACUCAGUAAGGACAGUACAUUCUCCUGCCUGCAGGUAAUGCGGGAUGUGUAUAAAUGGUGUAGGGAGAACGAUGAGGAGGAGGGAAGGGGGAAGGUGUGGUCCUCCUUCACAUCUACCAUGAACCAAUUUGAAGACGACUUUGAUGAAAGCGAAAGUGAUGACACGAGUGAAGUGGCCGAGGGGGACCAUUUUAAAGUUGGCCUACUGGUGAGUAACUCUUUGGUAAGGUUAACCUACAUUGGUGAGGAGGAGGAAGAAGAAAACACAAACUACGGAAACUACGCAAACUACGCAUUGGCUAUGAACCAUUUGAAGAGGGAAGACGAGGAGCGUCCCACAAAAGGAAGUGUCCAACAGAAGAACACUGAAGAAGCAUUCUUGUUGUUACGCAGGAAGGAUAUCCUAAACACGAGAUUCAUAGAGAGACUGCUAGGUUUGUACAAACUGUACUACCAAGUGGAACGUUUUUCCGUUGGCCACUUGAAGGGAUUCACCAUGCUAUGCUUUGACGGGACAACUCCAGGGGCAGGUGAGGAGAAGGCCCAGAAGGAGUCACACAAAAAGGAAGUAUAUCCAUUCUGCACUUUCUACCAUUUCGCGUAUUCCAACAUUAGGAGUAGAUCGUUGUUCUAUCACAUAGUCAGCUUGAGGGAUAAGGUAGAAACAGAUGAGGGAGAGGAAGUGGGGAUGCUGGAUCUGCUCAUUUAUGUGUAUAGACAGCUGGAGAGGAAGAAGAGUAGGAAGAAAUUACCUGCCAACCAUGUGAGCAUAUCAGACGUGGUGUGCGUCAUGAGGCAGGUGAAUAAAUGGGACGUCUUUAACAUUUGUAGACACAUCCUAACGGAUCGAAGAGGCAGUGGGGGGUUCUCUCCAGAUGCGAUGAGGGACGUCAUUCGAGAACUGGACAGUUUUAAGGUGAAGAGCUUGUUCGACUUGCAGGUGAAGGUGUUCCUGUUUGAGGAGUGCCUUCUCUGCGCUGGGGGUGGCAGCCAUGUUGCCAGGGAGGAUGACCUCCACCUCGACACGAAGAAUUACGAAGAUGAAAUCGCCAAACUGAAGGAGAGAUUGCCGGUUGGUCUGCACUCCUACGUGGAGAGGAACCUUUCCCUGACCGUUAAGGGAGAGCUGCCCUGCUUAAACCUUCUGUACCACUUGAUAUGCAUAAGCAGCAGAUACCGAGACGUUAAUCUGUUCGAGUGCGUCAUCGUGAGGAGGAAGGUACUGCUAGGGAUGGCCCUCCAGUAUAUCACUUGGAACAACUUUGACGUGUUCUUUUGUUGCCUCGGGUUUGUGAGGGGCGCCUUUCCCGGGGGGGGCGACCAUCCCAACGGGGGGGAAAGCAUAACCAUAACGAACGGUGUCCCCCCAAGUGAUGUCCCCCCGUGUGAUGCCAACCCCGUGGAGGAGGCCUUCCGCAAGUACCUGAUCACUGUGAAAAACUUCUACCGAAAGAUGCACGACGAGCAGAUCGCACUGCAUAGGCAGAAAUGGAAGACCCUAAAUGAGACCCUCACAGGAUAUAGCAACAGUAGGAAGAUACUCCCCCCCCCAGUUGACAACAAACUAAAGAAACAAAAAGGGAAGGAGAAAAGAAUCGAAAGCAAAAGGGAGUCCCACCAGUUAUUGCAUUCGAAGAUGGGAAUACAUUUUUUGAAGUACACAUAUAGGAAGUGUCAAAUGGAGGGCAAAACAUAUCUAUCGACCUUUAAGGGAACAAAGAAAAUUACAUCCGAUCUAGUGAAGCUUCUUUACUUCAUCGUCUCCAUUAGUUGCUAUGAUGACGGAUUGGUGGAUGAAGAAAUGGUGACGCUAGCUACACAAAUGGUUAAACUACUUAUACAGAUGGAUGGGGAAAAUAUCAAGUCGCUUUAUAAGAUUUAUUUGUUCUCUCUUCCAGAUAGUAUUACCCACUUUUGCGACGACAUCACAACAGACAUUUUCCGUCUGGAUGAAUUGGAACUAAGCAGACAUGGGUUGGCCAAAUUGAUGAGAAGAAUGCUGGACCUUUAUGUAAACACCUAUUAUCUUUUUAUCCUCUUUUCAAAUGUAGACAAAUGCAAAGAGAGCAACUUUUUCGUUGAAAAAACGCUAAGUAUUCUUCUCAUGAAUUGCCUCUUCUUUGCUGAACUGCAUAAGUUGAGGAGCUCACAUAUGUUUGCGUUUUCUGUGAUAAGUUCCUAUUUGCAUAUUAAUGAAGGGGGGAGGAACUUAUUUUUGCUUUCCGCUGCGGGGGGGGGUGUCGAUGGGCAUGACGGUCGCGUGUUGGGGGUAGAACCGGACAGGCAACCUGAAGUGGACACGGCAGGAGUGGGGGCAGCCCCUGUGCAGCGUGACAACCUGUGUAACCCCUCUGACGAUAGCGAUGAGGCCUUUUUGAGCGAACCAAACGGAGGCUUCCCUACCGUCGGUCCAUCCAAAGGGAAGAGCAAAGAAACUCCAAACAGCAGCAGAGAGGAUAGCCCCACGUUGAGCCCCACCAGGGUGAUGCAGAACUGCGAAGAGGAAACAUCACACAAUUAUGGUAGUCGAAACGAUAUUCCCCAAUCUGUAGGUCUGCCUCCCCCAGCGGACCGCACAAAGAGGGAAGAUAAUUACAAGAAAAAAAUGAACCCGUUGCAUUCUUUGAAGAACCAACUGAAGAACCCAUCUCUCCUAAUCGACCUGAACAAAAAUAUCAUAGAUUUGUAUUCCUUCGUCGUAGACUUAAAUUAUUUGAAAGUCCUUCUCUCUAUGUUAAACAUAUGUCUGUCCGGUGAGUACUUUAUCUACGAGCCGGAGUUACACCAGCAGUUCAUGGCUUUCGUAGAAAGUAACAAUUUUUGUGUGGGUGACUUUUUAAGCGAUAUUAGGCACGUCGGACAUAUCCUCGAGGGAAGCGCAACGAAGAACAAGUGGGAAGGAAACCCAUGCAGACGUAAUGAGGUGGAUAAUCUGCCCUUCCCAAUCAAAGAGAGAAAAAAGUUCUACAUUUUCCUGCUCGCCCUGCACCUUAUCCUGCGUCUCAUAACGAUAUACCCAAACGAAUGCAUCACCAUAACAAACGAAACUAAGCUACACGACAUUGUAAACUUCAACAAAAUCCUUUUUUCAAAUAUAAUCAUAACAAACCAGCUGAAGGAAUUGAGGCAAAUUUCCAGAGAGUAUAUUAACACCACGUUCCAGUAUGACCCCCUUACGAAGACGCUCACAUUUAAGUAUAAGAUAAAGGAAGACGACAGUGAGCAGUUCGAGGACGUGACUGCAAAGUUGACUUUGCUCUUCCUCCCCAACUAUCCGUUUUCGCACUUGGUCAUAAGUGACAGGAUUGAAUCGCUAGACAAGAAGGCACACGUGCAUAACUCCAUAAAGAGCAUGUAUAAAUAUGCCCGUACAGGCAACAUUAACGAGAUGUUUGUAAAAUUUGACAGCCUCAUGAAUGGCUACUUUGAGAAUAAAUCCCAGUGCAAUAUCUGUUUCAUGAUUUUAUACGAGACGAAGACUUGUGAUAAGGCCUGCUCCCAGUGCGGCACCUCCUACCACAGCUACUGCCUACACAAGUGGUUCCUGACGUCCCACAAUACCAAGUGCCCGUCCUGCCAAAUGCAGUUCACGUAAUGAAAAAGCGCCGCGUGGCAGUCAUCCGGAGGUAAUUUUCAAGACACCCAUUCGACUCUGUGAUUUUGACUUUUUGUAUAUCCCUUCAUUUGAAUUUUUUAAACUGGAUGUGUUUUUCCUACAUUUGGUAACU